GAUCCUCUGCGUUUCUGCUCAUCUCUCCGGGGUUUCUGAACUUCUCCCUUCUUUGAUUCCACCAUUUGUUCCCAAUAAUUUUCUAGGGUGGUUGCUGUUCGGUUCGCUAGAAAAUUUUGGCUUCUUCCUUUGAUUUUCCUUUGUUUUUUUUUCCUUUGCAUGUUGAAAGAUGAAACCUUUCCGUGGGAUUUUGGCCUGCUAGUAUUGAUGUCUUCAAAAUUUCUUUUCUUUGCACAAAGGCUGAAACUUGUUUUCUUUCCGAGAAAAUUUAGGCUAUUUUUUUCUCUGGGUUUUCUUCCUUUUCUCUUUCCUUUGAGCUUUUAAACCCUUCCUCUAGGUUGCCAUUAUUAAUUUCUUCAAAACUUGUAAUUUUUCUAUGCAAAGUUUGAAACUUUAGUAAUAACUACACACUGCGUAGCUGCUCAAUAUAUAUCUGGGGACUUUGCUCAAUUCUGGUGAGUAUAUGUGUCAUUUUUUUCUUAAAAAAAAAAAAAGAAAAUUGAUUUUCCUGUAAUGUUACUGAUUGACCUGGCUCUGUUGAUGAAGUAGAAAAUGGUGAGAGGAAAAAUUGUGAUGAAAAGGAUUGAGAAUGUAGCAAAGAGACUAGUGACCCCCACUAAGCGUCAAAACGGGCUGCUUUUGAGCUAUCUGUUCUCUGUGAUGUCCAUGUUGCAGUUAUCAUCUUCUCACAACAAAGGAAGACAUUAUGAGUUCUCAAGCUCCAACAAGCAAAACGUCAUUGAACGAUACUUUAUGUAUACAAAAGAAAUUGCAACUUGGAAGCCUGAAAAGGAGGGACGCAUGCAGCCUACAGCUGCUAAUAGUACUUUGCGGUUUCCUCGAAAAAAUUUCGAAGCGCAGCACUUGAGGAUUGAAACAGCAAAUAUGUUUAAGAAGAUUGAGUUCCUGGAAGUUUCUAAAAGGAAGCUGUUGGGUCAAGGAUUGGGCUCAUGUUCUGUCAAGGAACUUCAAGAGAUUGGUAGGCAGCGGGUACAAAGCUUGAAAAACAUUGGGGCAAGAAAGGUUUGCAACCUUUAGAUUUGCAUUUAGGCUAAAAGUGGUUACAUUAAUGAAUCAACACAUGAUUACAAGACUUCUACUUUUGAUGGAAAAUUAGCAUUUGAGUUACCAUCAAAUGAGCUUUUUGGCAUAUUUAUAGAGUAUUUGUACCGUCAUUGGACCCUCAGAGACAUACAACAGUCACAUUUCCUCAAACUGGGCUCCUCCUUAGGUUAUACUCGUGGAUAAAGCUGCAACCCACAUUACUUUAACCAUUUAUGUGGUCCAAGGUCUCCUCCAUGUUGUGGAAUUGCUGGGUGGGAGUCUCUAAGAUACCCUGUAAUAAAUUGAUUGUGCCAUCUACCUACAUGUAUGGGACUUUGGCUCAACGUACCUCAUUUCAUUGAUCUA